GCGGGCCCGCACACAAAGGCGGCCCGGGCCGGGCUACCCCGCGGCGGGAGCGCCCCGUGCACAGCACUCACUGCCCCGCAUCCGCCCCGCGCCGCCCCCGGCCCCCGCCCUGUCCAUGUAGCGCCCGCCGCGGGCGCCGCCGCCGCUCCGCACUAUGCCCAUCUUACUCUUCCUGAUAGACACGUCCGCCUCCAUGAACCAGCGCACCCAUCUGGGCACCACCUAUCUGGACGUAGCCAAAGGCGCGGUAGAGACUUUCAUGAAGCUCCGCGCCCGGGACCCCGCAAGCCGCGGGGACAGGUACAUGCUGGUCACUUUCGAGGAGCCUCCCUACGCCAUCAAGGCCGGAUGGAAAGAAAACCACGCAACGUUUAUGAGCGAGCUGAAAAACCUGCAGGCUGAAGGACUGACAACUCUUGGCCAGUCCCUCAGGACCGCUUUUGAUUUAUUAAACUUAAAUAGAUUAGUAACUGGCAUAGACAACUAUGGGCAGGGAAGAAACCCCUUUUUUCUGGAGCCUGCAAUAAUCAUAACAGUAACUGAUGGAAGUAAACUAACAACCACCAGUGGGAUACAGGAAGAGCUUCACUUACCUCUCAAUUCUCCUUUACCUGGAAGUGAAUUGACUAAAGAACCUUUUCGCUGGGAUCAGAGACUAUUUGCUUUAGUUCUGCGCUUGCCUGGUAUCACAGCUCCAGAACCAGAGCAGGUAGUAGGCGUACCAGUUGAUGAGUCAGCAAUUACACCCAUGUGUGAAGUCACAGGAGGUCGCUCAUAUUGUGUAUGCUCUCCAAGAAUGCUGAAUCAGUGUCUUGAGUCCUUGGUGCAAAAAGUGCAAAGUGGAGUUGUAAUAAACUUUGAAAAAGCUGGACCAGAUCCUUCACCAAUUGAUGAUGGACAGACAGAUAUAUCUAGGCCCUUUGGAUCCCAACCUUGGCACAGCUGUCACAAGCUUAUCUAUGUCAGACCAAACCCUAAAACUGGGGUUCCCAUAGGCCACUGGCCUGUUCCAGAAUCCUUUUGGCCAGAUCAAAAUUCACCAACACUGCCACCGCGUACAUCUCAUCCUGUAGUGAAAUUCUCCUGCACCGACUGUGAACCAAUGGUCAUUGACAAACUACCCUUUGAUAAAUAUGAGUUAGAACCUUCUCCAUUGACUCAGUUUAUCCUGGAAAGGAAAUCUCCACACACCUGCUGGCAGGUAUAUGUGAGCAAUAGUGCAAAAUACAGUGAACUUGGUCAUCCUUUUGGCUACUUGAAAGCCAGUACAGCACUGAAUUGUGUGAACCUGUUUGUGAUGCCUUACAAUUAUCCAGUCCUCCUUCCUCUCUUAGAUGACUUGUUCAAAGUACAUAAGGCAAAACCAACUUUAAAAUGGCGGCAGUCAUUUGAAAGCUAUUUAAAGACAAUGCCUCCUUACUAUCUUGGGCCUUUGAAGAAAGCUGUGCGAAUGAUGGGAGCACCAAAUCUUAUAGCAGAUAAUGUGGAAUAUGGACUUAGCUACAGUGUCAUUUCAUACCUCAAAAAGUUGAGUCAACAGGCCAAAAUAGAGUCCGAUAGAGUCAUUGGCUCUGUAGGCAAAAAGGUAGCGCAAGAGACUGGAAUUAAGGUCAGAAGCAGAUCACACAACCUGUCUAUGGCACAUAGGAACGAUUUUCAACAUCUGCUACAGGGGAUUACUGGGGAAAUUCCUCAUAGACCUCUAGACCUCAAUAUGAAGGAGUAUGCUGGGUUCCAAAUAGCUUUGCUGAAUAAGGACUUGAGACCUCAGAGCUUUAGAAAUGCUUAUGAUAUACCCAGAAGCAAUCUUUUGGAUCAGUUAACAAGAAUGAGGUCUAAUCUUCUCAAGACUACUUGCAAACUUCUCAAAGGACAAGAUGAAGAUCAAGUUCACAGUGUGCCUAUAGCACAAAUGGGAAAUUAUCAGGAGUACCUUAAACAGAUACCAUCUCCCCUUCGAGAGCUUGAUCCUGACCAACCCCGUAGGCUGCAUACGUUUGGCAAUCCAUUUAAACUGGAUAAGAAGGGGAUGAUGAUAGAUGAAGCAGAUGAAUUUGUAUCAGGACCUCAAAAUAAACACAAACGACCUGGAGAACCAAAUAUGCAAGGGAUUCCUAAAAGACGUCGGUGUAUGUCACCUUUGCUCAGAGGACGACCACAGACAACUCCUGUUGUGAACAAUCAUAUUGGAGGCAAAGGGCCACCCACACCUAUUACACAAGCACAGACAGAUUUUGUCAAGCCUGUUCCUAUUCACAAAACAUCAGAAAACAAUAAUGAGAUUGCUAUGGAUGAUGUGAUUGAGAAUCAUGUUGCGGACCCACUUUCAUCUGAUGUUUUUCCAAAUGCUAUGGAUUCUGAAUUUUCAGUGUCCCCUCCAUUCAGUUCGUUGGACCAGCCAGCAGAGGAUCUAGGCCAUGAACAUUUAGCAAAUAAUAAUGUGACUAUAAAUGAAUUUAUGGCAAAUCAUGAGGAGCCAGGGGGCAAAGAACUAAGUACUGAUACAAACUUGACAACAUCCUCCCCCAACAAAGGGAAAAAAACAGUGCACUGCAGGAGCCCUAGAGAGGUUAACAUAGAGCUUAAAGCACAAAUUAUGAAGGAGAUUCGAAAGCCAGGAAGAAAAUAUGAAAGGAUCUUUUUUUUACUCAAGCAUGUACAAGGCAACUUACAAACACGACUAAUAUUUUUACAGAAUGUUAUUAAAGAAGCUUCACGGGAAAUUUCAACAUGAUAACGCUUACCUUAAAACAAUGAUGAGUUGUUGCCUGCAUGCCAGAAAUGCUGGCAGAGCUUCAGCAUCUUUGGAAGAACUCUCCUGGUGGCCUAGGCUGAUGGACAGGGUUUAGUCCUACAUCCAUGCAUGCUGCAAGGUUGAAUUCUCCCAUUGGCAGUAACCUAAGGGUGGCUUGUAGGUAUGUUGCUACUCUCUACUUCUGUCAAGGAUUUUAACUUUUGGGAAAUAUAAUCUGUUAAUUUAUAGAGUGAAUUUAGAAGGAAACACAACUGUUUUCUGAAAGAUAAUUGUGUGUAUUCUGUGCACACUGGUUGUAGAGUAAUUUUUCUACCUGUAUAUAAAUUUUAGUAGAGCACAGACAUUAAAUUAAUCCAUUUAUUUUAAUUUGUGGGAAGGUGAAAGGCAGUUAGGAUUGCCAGUAAUCUUCCAGAAUGUGGAGUAAGGUUAAACUUUGAAAAACAGGAUAUAAAGUUAAGAUUUGCUCUAUAUCCAUCUGAGGUAUGGGGAGCAGCAGGUGAUUGGAGAGAGGACAGACUGUGUAUUAGGGGCUCCUUAUGGAGGCCUAGCUGAAGUAGAGGGCUAGUUUAGGCUGGAGCAUAGUGGUAUUGCAAAGGUUGGCUCAGUAUACAGAUUAGCAUACAUAACCAAAAAGGUUUGCGACCAUCUCAGUUAACUAAUAUAUGUUGGGAACAUUACAGGGCACCUUCUUAUAUGGAGCAACAUAUAUGCAGUGUACUACUUAAGUUAAUGGGGUGAGCAUGGAAGGAGGGUAGGUGGAAAUAUUGACAGGGAACUAUUAUCAUGGGGUGGGAGGUGGAGGAAGGAUACAGUCAUCUUUUUUGUAUUUAACAUUUCUGUAUAUAUAUGGUAUAAAACUGCCAAGAUUUGGUAUAUUGACCCAUAGCUGUGAUUUUUUUUUUUCCAUGCACUGUCAACAGUUCCACUCUCUAAACUUACCAAACCCUGACCAUUAUCACUAUUUAGCUAUAACACAAGUGUACAGGAAGGUCCACUUAGGGAUCCUAGCUUCUUUUACCUUGAGCUGGGACAGCUUAUCACUUUCUCUCUGCUGAGCCAAAAUCAAUAUUACUCAAUAUUAAUAGGGUUUUUGUCAGUGAAUAUAUACUUUGGAAAGGAAGGGUCACAUUUCUGCCAUGGCACUAGGUUGCUAGGUUUUUGACAGACAGCAGUACACACUUAGGAAACCUCUUUUCUAUGCAACAUAUAUUGAAUAAUAAUUGAAGUCAGAGUUCAAUGAAAAGUCUCUUUAACUGUCUGCCUUAUCUCUGGUUGAGCAUUAUUCUUGUGCUUUCUUUUACAUGUAGGUUUAAAAAACGAAUGCUGAUAGAACAGCUUGAGGGUUUUCUGGAAGAAAUCCAUCGCAGAUCCAACCAGGUCAACCAUAUCAACAGCAGCUAA